UAGUCCCGAUGGUGUUUUUGUUCGCAAGAGACGCGGGCGGAGGGCCCCGAUACCCCCCGAUCAAGUACAUUGGAGAGAUGUUCUUUUUCCCAUCGACCUGAAGCGAAAGGAGAAUUUCCGUGCUUCACUGCUCCCUCCCACCUCAGAUAGUGAAAUGACAGAGGAGCAGAUUGAGCGGGAGUCUGAGAAGGCCGGCGAGGCAGCGUUGGAUGGGAGGCAACAAUUGGCUGGACCUGGUACUACGAUCACUGUGGGCCGAUUGGGUCGAGUAUCAUAGACAUUCGGAAACCGGACGACUUCGAGUUGUUCUGUAGGCAUAUCUUGGCGAUGACGUAUGCGAGCCCUCAGGAAGUCGGUUUCUGCCCUCACUUUGACACUUUCAAUUGGCCCGUCCCUCAUGACCGGCAACGAAUAACCGUUGAAGGCCAUGUCAUUUCAUUCGAUCCCUCUAAGCCCAUAUACGUCACGCGAGGUCUCACUGGGAGAUGCACAUCCGUUUUUACUGCAAGCACCCGAGACGAUGUCACUGGUCGAGACCGAACGUGCGUGCUGAAACUAUCGUAUCAGCCUUCUCGCCGUAUCAUAUCAGAAAUUGACCACUACCGAUUGUUGGCGGAAAAGGGAAUCGAAGGUGUACCUGAGAUCCUGUGCGCCCAAAAGCUGAGCAGCCUUGGGGAUGGACCUCGAGGAGCACUUAUGAAAUGUUUACCUCAUUACGUGUUUGGUCCCAUACGCUAUCUGGAGGCCAUUGUCAUGGCCGACAAGUACAAGCCUAUCACAUCGAUCGAUAUAAACAAGGACACCAAGCUGUUCUUUCGGAUCUUCCUUUCCAUUGUUGAAACACAUCACCGGGCAUACGUGGAGGCAGGGAUCCUCCAUCGUGACAUCCACACAAACAACCUCAUGUGGGGGAUAGAAGACGGGCGACCCGUCGGGGUGCUGAUAGAUUGGGAUUUUGCCAGCGGCCCAGUUUCUCAUCCUCCCGAAGAUCCUCAGCAGAGUGCUUUCACGCUUAACGUUGCAUUCCUCGCAGUCGAUCUACUUCAAAAGGAAUGCUCAUCUCGCUUCUAUCGACACGAUCUUGAAUCCUUCUUUUGGGUCCUUUGGUCAAUCAUCAUUUCAAAAGUGGGAAUUGUCGACCUCGACAAGUUCGCGAUGGUGUCACGAUGGGAGCAGGGUAAUGUAGGUCAUCGCAAGUUCUCAAAAUUCGCUUUCCUGGAUAGAGGGCAACAUGAUGUGCUUGAGACGCUGCAGAUGAGUAAACAAACCAGUCUGUCGCAUGCAGGCGUGACAGAGUGCCUCUCCGCACUGGGUGAUAUGAUAUCCAGAGGUCAAAAUGUGUUGGAGAGGAGGACUCAGAAAACGAAUGUUGAAACGGCAGACGGCCAUAUUGUAUACACAAACUUUGUGGCUGCACUCAAGCGUGCGGUAGAAUAGCAGCUGUUAUGCAGACCCGGUCCUUAGAAUUGUCAUACACCUUUCGUAGGUGACAUGGUGAUCUAAAGUCUCCUCGUCAAAUGGGGGUAGUUGCGAAUUCACGAAUCGCCGUCGACGUCUUUGAUUCUUUGCUGAAUAGCCAUCGCGAAAGAUCAACCGGAGAGGUUGGAUCCA